UAAACACUUCAAAGAAUAUAUCAUAUGCAGCAAUAUAAAGGGUCGAAGUUGAACAAUUUCGGGCGUUUAAAGAUUGUUCGGUGCGCCAGCCUUUCACGCCUCGGCAGGCGGAGUAGAGGACCGCAUUUAAAUUAAAUUGUUCGAUCUUGUCGACGCCAUGUGUAUCAAGUAACGACAUAAUAUUGAUCCACGGAAAUACUCUUGUGUACAACGAAGCAGACGCAUCCAGAUUCCAAAUCAUUUUUGUUUUUUCCAUUUCGAAUCGCCAAGGCAACAGCUUUGUUGGUUACCAUGAAAACAUUGAGAACUUUAACUAACAAUCUAAGAAGAUAUCGUGAGUGAAACAUUGAUUACAAUAACCCUUCAAAAUGAUAAACAUCAAAGGCCAAAUUGAAGGGUAUGAUAAGGCUCGAGUUGGCAUUAUAUUCGAUCAUGAUGAGCUAAGGCCGGGGAUGACGGUCAAGGGUCAUGUACAAGUUAACUUGCAAACUUCACUUGAAGUCCAUUACGUUAAGAUCCGGUUUCAUGGUCUUGCGCAGACGCACACAGCCGUGCACUCCACAGACUACAGCUAUGGUCUGGGUUACAACACUGAUGAUGGCGAUAAGGAAGUCUACCUCAAUGAGCUGCUAACUCUGUACGAAGCGGACCAAGACAGCGAGGGGAUAUUGGAGGCUGGAAACCACACGUACCCUUUUGAAGUGGACUUUCCAGAGAAUAUGCCUUCUUCAUUUUCAGAACACAACGGAAUGGGUCACGUGAUCUAUCACUGUCACGUACAGAUUGGACGGCGUUUUGCAUAUAGCCCUGACAUCGCAAAGACAAAAUGGUUUGAUGUUCUCCGACCCCUCAGUUUAAAGACUAUUCCUGAAGCUCUGGUUCCAUUAGACAUCAGGAAAGAAUGUACUGCGAAGUCUUGCUGCUGUCGCAGUGGAUCGGUGGACAUUCAGCUAAAAUUAGAUAAAUCUGGUUAUAUUCCUGGGGAUAGGAUAAAAUACGACAUAAAUAUCAAGAAUAACACUUCAUCUGUUCUGAAAAAUAUGUGUAUUACAAUUCAAAGGUUAGUGAUAUAUACUGGGCAUCACGGAGGAUUUAAGAGAACGACUUCAGAGAAAAAGGUUUUCACUGUAGCAGAAAGGGAUCUAAGAUUAGGUUCUGAUGAAGAGGAUACUGUUAGUGGCUCCUCCAUUGGACAGGUGCCCGUUCUACCACCCUCCGGACUCCCCGGAUGUAAGAUCAUCGACAUUAAUUAUCACGCAAAGGUUGCCAUAAAGUUUGGUUUAUGUGGACUAGUUGAAUUCGAGGAUGUCAAAAUUUGGAUAGGGACAGAAGCGUGAGACAACGUCAUACAUUGUCUUAAUACAUUGUUCCCAUGUUUUAGCACAUUUUCAUAUUUUGCACGUAAAAAUUGUACAAUGACUUCUAUUGUUAUAUUCGUUAGACAGGAUUUUCUUUCAUUGGACUCUUUAUCCCAAAAAGAGACUGUGGGAAAUCGUAUAUGUAAUUUGCAAUGUUAACAUGAUAUUUCUUAGUCAAAUUUCCAAAGUAUAUGUAUUUGACAAAUGAAGAAUGACUGUUUAAAUUUGAGUGUAAUGAAUUUACGACUCUAUAAUGUUCCUGGAAUCAAAGAUAAGGAGCCGUUUUUGUUCAUGUAUAUUUGCUUGUCUGCCUAGUUUAUAAUGUAAACCUUGGACAUGAAAAGUAAAGCCAGGUAACAAAAAAAUAUUCAGAGGUAAAAGUC